AUGAAAGGCUCCACCAGCGGUCCUGGCGGCUCAAGCCAAUCGCUGAAGCGCACAGCUACGACGUCCAUCCCAACCUCGCGUUCGACCGGCAAGAAGGCGAGACUGGACGCCGCCUGCGCUGAGCGUGGAUCUGACAGCAAGUCCAAAGUCGACAGCACCACCUUGGAUGCAUCGAUUGGGGUGGCAACGUUGAAGCAGCUGAAACGCUCUUUACGCGCACUCAUUGUUGGGCUCCAAGCCGUUGAGGCUGAGCGGGUGGUGCUCGAUCGGGUGUGGUACAAGAACGCGUCGCAGUUCAAAUCCGCCCUUUGGUGGCGUCACGCCAACUCGCUACGACGAUCCCUACGCUCCCUUGACACCGCUCCAGCCCUUACUGCAAGGAUAGCGUUGCUUUAUGCAGAGUUGUGUGGAGCGGGAGAACCGGGUUCCAAUCAGGGUUGGCCAGUGUUGCCGCGCGAAGCCAAACCAACAUCACAAAGCAUCGAAACCGUCCUAAGAACCUCGCAGACGAAACAAAGGCUACGAGAGGCGGAGGAAGAGUUGGAAGAGUUGAGAGGGGUGAUAGAUGUGGUGCGCAAAAGAGCGGAGAAGGGGGGCAAGGUGUUGAUGGUUCAUCUUAAUACCCCGCCUGCGCCGACGUUUGCACCGCUCGUCGCGGGGUUGAUCGCUAUAUGUGCCGCCGUGCACCAUCCAACAGCCGCGCUCGUGGGAGAAGAGUCCGCGCUAGACGAACUCAAGAACAUUUUAGGACUGCUGCGCACAUCCGUCUAG